AUGAGUUCUUCAUCAGAGUCUUCCCUGUCGCCGUCACCGCCGGCAUCGCCAGACGCAAGCUAUCACGGCCCGCCGAGUUUAGAGCGGCUCGUCGUUCACUUUGUUGCUGCGAAGAGAUCGCUCGCGUCGACAGCACACGUGUAUCGGGCGAAUGAGCUCGUCACGAGCUCAAGAUUGCUCAUAGAGGAGAUCGCCGUACUAAACGCCAAGAAUGCCUUCGGUCGUAAUGGUCUUGAUGACCAAGUGAAUACGCUCGACUCCAUCAAAGAUGCUCUUGUGGACGAUAGAGAUCGAGUCGCGGAGGAGUUCGAGGCGACUUUGGCAACCCUGGACAAAGCUCACAACCGGCUGGAGAAGACUUUGAAGACUCUCCGCAAAACUGUCGUACAGAGCCAACGAUCGGGAGAACAACGCCACGCUCAAAGUGAGUCUGAUGGGGAGACAGCAGAGACCACUGAACAUACAGCAAGCGAGCAAAAGACCCUGUUCCAUUUCAUAGACGAAGAGAACCACGAAGCUCUGCAAAGUUCACUUCGAGGCCUCAUCGACGAGUACCGCAUCGCCAGGGGCGACUUGGACGGCAAUCUUCAAGUCUUUGAUAACUUGCUACGAUCCAUCACCAACAAGCUCUCGGACAGGUUGGACGAAUCAGACUCACCAGACAGACCAACAAUCUACGAUGAACCACCACCCAGUAUCGACGAGCUCUUCCGCAGGAUGGAAGAGCAUGCCACUGAGAUGGCCUCAAACCUACAAAACCUGGUCCAACACUACGAUCUGUGCAUCACCGCUCUAAAGCAUACCGAAGGCGGUGGUGAAGCAGCCAAGCAAGCCAUCCAGUCUGCUGAGUUGGCUAAGGGCACCCCAGGGAGUGAAGAGAGCUUGUACGGCAAGACCGUUCCUGAACCUAUUUCUGAGGAAGAGCUCACCCAGAUGUUGGACGUGAUCGACAAAGAUUCGGAAGAAGUAGAAGACGUCGUGACCGAGAUCAGCGAGCGUGGCAGCGACAUGGAAAGUGACUACCAACAGCUGUCCAAAUAUGCAAAGAAAACAUGCCAACGCAACAAGACUUUACGGCACGUCUUGGUACUCAUGCACGACAUCAGAGCUGCCAUUCCAGGCCAUCUCGAAGCAUCGGCCAAGUUCAGAGAAAGCUGGCAAGACAUCAGCAUCUCUAUGCAAAGCAAGACCAAAGAGCUAGCCGAGCUGAGCAUCUUCUACGAUGACUUCGUCUCCGGCUACGGCAGACUUUUGCAGGAAGUCGAGAGGAGGAGGGCGAACGAGGCGCAGAUGAAGAAGAUUGCAGAGCGGGCACGGAAGGAGAUUGAGAAGAUCUACGAGGCGGAUCAGAUGGCCAGGCAGGAGUUCAUCGACGAGUAUGGCCAUGUUGUGCCGACUGAUCUUGGGGCAUUGCAUGGAUUGCAGGACAGGGCGCCGAGGUGGGAGAUUCGAGCUGUAGCAGAUGGUGAUGAGACGCAGGCGAGGCUGAAUGAUGGAUAA